GUUAAGCCAUCGGAAGAAUCAGUCCUCAGCGUUCAAUCUCCUCUGAAACACAGCCAUCAGACCACUGAUCUUGAUCCAGUUGAGCCACCUAAUCUGACAAAAUCCUCUUUAAAAAUAUCAGAUCCAAUUCAUUUAUCUGAUCAUAAUGAGCCUUACUCUAUUCCUCUCAAAUCCUCCGACCAGUCACUCAAUCUGGCCGAUUCUAAACUCGUACUUGUCUCGACUUCCCCUGAAACAGCUUGUCAACAUACUGAAACCGUAAAUCAGACUCUGGGCUGCCCUCCUCCGCAGCUUGAAGCCAUUUCAUCAGGCCAGAUUGAUGCUGACGCCAAUAUCUCGAAGAUCGUAUCCGACCAUACAAGCACAGUUUCUCUGGUUCCUUCAUGCCAGCUUCCAUCCUUCUCGCUUUCUUGUUCAUCUUCAUCUUUAUCACCUAUUGCACCCUUAGAACCUCACUUACCGAUCAGCCUUCCCGAUAACUUCUCUCCCAUUGAAGACUUGGCUAAAGCAGGAGAUCUCCCAGACUCUUCGAAUAAUGCAUUUACUAUUGGUUUCACUGCCUCCUGCCUGCCGCCUUGCUCUGCUUCUGAGAGUGCUGAAUCUGUACCACAGCCGGUGAGCCUUAUUUUCCUGCUGCUUCCAGUAAUUAAUAUCUCAUGUGCUAUUUUUUUCGUUUCUCAUCGCCCUCAAUCGUAUGAGCUCGUUUUAAUGCCUUCAACUUAUUUCAUAAGAGAGCAGAGGCCUUUCUGUUCUUUUAUUCGUAAGAUGGUGCAGUAUAACGGCAUAACGAAUACAACCGCUAUUUGA